CAUCAUUCCAUCUGCAAGUCCAGGUGCGCACGCGUCUACCCCACAGUAUGCCGCUGUCCCACCGUCUCUCCCGAAGCGGCCGCAGCGUCUAUGCUGCUUGCACCGCUCUCCGUGGCCAGGGAGGCUCGAACUGUCGGCUCGCCCCGCGCUUCCAACUCAAAGAAACGGUCGCGAGUCGUCCCUCGCGCAGGCUCCAGGACCGAUGCCUGAAGAGGGCGGGAUUUGUUUCCCCAGCCGAUGCCCCCCUGGCCGCCGAACGACCAGCGCCUCCCGCGCGGGCUCCAGAGCUGUAGGGGCGCCUGCCACCGGUCCGUGCGAUGCGCCCCUGGAGCCUGCUCAGACGGGCCGUCGUUGCCGCCGCCGUGACGACAGCCGCAGCCAGCCGGGCCAGCGGGACCAGGGGUGGAGCCCCACGCUGUGGUCCUGCUCGCCACCCCCAGAGGCACAUCCAUGCCGACCUGGCGCUGGGUGAGGAGCAAAGGUCCUCCGAGUCGGAGGUCCUCGUGACCCUAAGAGAAGGAGGAAAUCCGGCCGAGUGGAGGAGCGUCAUCAUGAAGUACACCAGCGGUCAGGAAGUUUACUCGCGCGUCGACAAGGACGGCAACCGCGUGGUGGGCUUCGUCCAGCAGCUUCUGGCGAGCACGCCGGACGUGGAGGAGCUCGACGUCGGGCUGUGGGGCAGUCGCCCGAAGAGCGACGAGGAGCAGGACCUGAUGGAGGGCGCCACACUGCAGGAGUACGCCGAGGCCGUGGCUGCUGGCAGGCCUGGCUGGGCGAUCAGCGCCAACAUCCUGGGAGACUAGCCCGCGGGAGGUUUCCCGCCGCUGUGCCCGUGGCCCCCUCCAGGGCCUCCCGCUGCCAGCUGUGCCAGCCCUGCUGCAGCGCCUCGAGGAGCGGCGCUCUUUCGGACCUCCAGGCCGGCACAGACCGAUGGGAGCAUGGCUCUGCGCCGAGGUGUGGACA